GAAGGAGGUCGGACCAGACACAGAAGAAGAAGAAUAAUAUAACAUCCACGGUUUGGUACCACAGCCACACUGACAUCUUCCACCAUGAAAUAAGUCAAGAAACGAGUUUAACUCAAGUGACUUACGGGCCCCAGAAGAGUCAAAUGUGGAGGCUAAAUAAAGUUCGACACAAAGCCGGCCGACAAGGCGACAGCUUGGAGGAGCUCAGGUUAAAGAGGCGGGAGCACGAAAAGGCACUGAGACAGGCCCGCAGAGACAGACAGCUUGUGAGCAAGAGACUCCUGCUGAAUGAAGAUGAGGAGCAGCCGGAGGUCACCCUGGACACUACCUCAGGAGAGCAGGACGUGGUCAGUUUGUUCCAUAAACUUCAACACAGCGGGCCUGAGAGGGAGGCCCACCUGAAAGCUCUGAGUAAAGCCCUCCGCGACCCAUCAGCACAGCUCACCUUCAUCAAGCAGGAGAAUAGUAUGCAUCUGCUGGUGGGUCUCCUCACUGGCUCUAAUGCUCAGUGCCGUCUGCAGGCUGUUCGGUGUCUUCAUGAGCUGUCUCACUCUCACCACACCAAUGUAGCCCCAGCCUUUCUGCCUGCCACCCCUUACCUGCUCACCUACCUGUCUGGCCAGAGCACCAAGUUCACUGAGCUGUGUCUCUACACGCUGGGCAAUUUAUGCCCAGACACUGAUGUUAUAAAAGAAAAACUCCUGGCUCAGGGAAUCAUACCAGCUCUGGCGAACUGUAUAGAGAACCAGAGACAUAAUCUAGCAGUGGUGGAAGCUGUGGGGUUUACCCUCUCUCAGCUUCUACAGGCCAGAGAUGCAGCAGAGAAAAUAAUCCCGAUGGUCCUGGCCUCUAGUUUACCUUCACACUUGUUAUCAGUCCUGACUCCUGACCCGAAGUUUGGCCUGGCACCUGCUAUUGAGUGUGCGUGGUGUCUGCACUACCUUGCAUGCAGCAUUGAGGAUAAAAGAGAGCUGUUGCAUUGUGGGACCCUGUUGAAGUGCAGUUCUCUAUUAGUGUCACUAGGUGGUGCUGUUGCUAAAGGAAACGAAGAAGGAAUGGAGCUGUUUGUCUGUCCUCUGCUGCGAUGCGUGGGAAACCUCCUGUCCGUCUGCCCAGUGGACAGCCUGAGCGCUCAAGUGGGUGACGUUCGACUUGUGGUUGCUCUAUGUGCACUUCUUCAGGCCUACCUACACACCCAGCCAGCCUUGGCCAGGGAGAGUGCCUGGGUCCUCAACAACCUCACAGCUCACUCCAGUGAUUUCUGCUCAGCUCUGCUGACUUUCAACUUGGUCCCUGGACUGAUCCAGCUUCUGCCUUUCUCUCAAGGCAUCAAUACAAUGAUCCUAAGGGUUCUAGCAAAUAUUGCCCACAAGAAAAAGGAGUUCUGUGUCCAGCUGGCCCAGCUUGGAUUGCUGUCUACACUCUGUGCCACACUUAAAAUGGCCGACCACGAAAUGGUGACCCUGAGUCUGGAGGUCCUCUUCAUGCUGGUAGUUAGCAGGCAACAGGUGGCGGACGAGUUUGUGAGGCAAGGUGGAGUUUCACUGUUAGAAGCCAUUCAGUACAACAGUGAAGGAGAGAUGAGACGAAGAGCAGCAUACCUCCUGGAGCACCACCUACUGUCAUACUCAUCACACUGCACAGUGGACAACAUCCCAUGUUGCUGAGCUAACAGGAAGGCAUCAAGAUCAUACCUACUGGGUACAGUGUGUCACCAAACACAGAUACCAUGAGGACACACCUGAGAAUACAGGACAACUUGGCAACAUUUUGACUUUUGUAUAAUGACAGACAGAUUCUGUUUUUAAAUCUUAAGUCAGUUUUUUGAUAACUUUAAAUAUGAUGUGUUUACCAUUUGCUAUCAGUGUUGAUAUUUUCAAAACUGUAGAGACGAAAUGUUUUUUAAUAACUCUAGUCUUACACUCAUUCACAAACCUUUACAUAAAAUUGUAUUUAUAUUCAGAUAAGGUCUGACAUGUUAUUUAUUUUCCCUUUUAUUUUGUGCCACCAUGGCUUGAGAGACUGAAGAAUGAUUAUUUUUUUAAUUCUUCCAUUUUGAGGUCUCUCCUCUGACAGGAAAAUACCUACUCUAUGUACAACUGUAGAGGUCUGAUUAAUAUGAAAACUCACUGUAAAUAUCUAGAAUCAUGGUGACGAAAAAUUAAAGUAUCAUGUGUUUUGAGCCAAUAAUGCAAUGCCAUUGUACAUUCAUCAAAUGAAUUAAUAAACAUCAGCUUCACA